UUAUAAUUUUUAUAAUUAUUAUACAAACUAUAAUCAUAAAUCAUAAACCACAAAUCAUUAAUAGAUACACACACAUUAUAAUUUAGCGGUUGAAACCCAAACCGGUAUUUUUUUUUUUUUUUUUUGAAAAAAUAAAAAAAUAAUUUAAAAAAAAUAAAUAAUAUUAAAUUUUUUUAUUUUUAUUUUUUUAUUUUUUUUUUAAAAAAUAAUCAUUUUAAUUAAAUAUUAAUAAUAACAAUACAAUAAAAUAUAAUAUAGUAAUAGCAUUUUAUUAAUAAUAAAAUUGUUAUUAUUAAAAUGACUUCAAUAGAAAAUAAUAAUAAUACGGCAACAAAAAAUGAAAUAUUGGUUGGUAAAAAUACAAAUGAAUUAAUUAUAAAAUUAUUAUUCCCACCAACAUCAUCAUUAGCAUCAAAAUUUAUGUAUGUUCAACAACACCAAAAGGUCUUUGAUGUUAUAUGUUAUGCAACUCAGCUUUCGGGUUUACAACCUGGUUAUAGUUUAUACAUGCCAGCAUCAAACUCAACAGGCAGAGGUCAAUGGUUAGAUGACGAUUCAUUAUUAGUAUCCUAUCCCAUUACAAGCGGAGUUGAGAUCUAUAUUAAAAAAAAACCAGGUUCAAUGAAAAGAAGAAAUACAAUGAUGACAAUUAAAUCACAAAAAGAAGGAAAAGUUCAAAAGUUAUCAUCGAUUACUAAAAUUUGGACACCAAGAUAUUUAAGAUUAUAUUCACAGAGAUUAGUACACUCAUCAAAAGAGAAUGAUCAAAAUACAGAUUCUAUAUCGUUUGCGGAUAUAACCAAUGUCGACAGACAUAGCAGAUUAUAUACAUUCAUAAUAUAUUGUAAUAACAAUAAUAAUAGUACCACCUCUGUCAACAACAGUAGUAAUAAAGAAAAUAAUGGAUCAUCAAAUCAUGGUACACUUACACACAGCCAAACAAAGUUAAAUUUACUUUCAACUAGCUUAAACCCAAAUAGUUUUUCAGAGAGUAGAAAAGAAAAAGAGUAUAUUUUUAGAUGUAUAAAUCAAAGCGAAAUGGAGGAUUGGAUCAGUUCAAUAAGAUCAAUGUUAAGAAAAUCAAGACCAGAUUUACUAUUACCACCACUCUCUGUAAAUAUUUAUCCAUCACAAAAAUUACAAAAUCUUAGUCCACCAACAUCAAACCCAACAUCACCAUUAUCAUCCUCACCAUUAUCAUUAUCUAGCAACACCAACAUCACAUCAAAAUCUGCACCAGUAACACCAAAUAAAAAUUUCAAUAAUUAUAAUAAUAAUGACACAGAGGAUAACCCAUUAUCAGAAUCACUUACAACUACAACACUACCCGUACCAACACCAACCAAAACUAGAUCAUUUUCAUUUUCAUUAGGAGGUAGUAGAGAUAAAAAAAAGAAAGAUCAGCAAGCAGUGACACCAAUGAAACUACCUGCACCAAUACCACAAUUAACACUCUCUGAAAAGAAUGAACAACUUGAAGAGGAAAUAAGAAAACUACGUGAUUCAUUAAAUUCAGAGGCUAAAAGAAAAGAAGAACUUGAUAAAAAAUACCAAAAAAUUAAAACUAAAAUGGCAGCAUUAAAAAAAUCAAGAGCAAGAGCAACUUCAACACCAGCUACACCAGAGCCCUCAAGAAGACAUUCAUUUAUACCAUCAUUUAUAAUUGGUAGCAGUAGAAGCAAUAGUAACAACAACAAUAGUAACAGUAAUAAUAAUAGUAAUAACAAUAGUAGUAAAGAUAGUAGUAAAGGAGACAACAACUUGGUUAGUCAUAAACGUCAUUCAUCAGCCAAUUCACAAACAUUUUCAAGUUCAGUUUUAUUACAACAUCAACUCUUACUACAACAACAGGGUUACAAAGAUGAGGAUACAGAAAAUGAUAUGACAAGCAGCGAAGUAUUUACAAAUAGUAUAUUUGAUGAUUUGAAUGAAGAAGAUUCAGAAAGAGAAAAAGAAAUUAAAGAGUUAAAAGAUCAAUUACAAAAACUUAAAGAUAAAAUUAAUAUUGAGGUAAGUGAGCGUACAAAAAUAGACUCUUCAAAUAGACAAUUAGAAAAAGAAUUAUUCACCCAAAAGAAAUUAGACGAAAGAAAAGAAAGAGAAAUAAUAGCGAUAAAUCAAAAACAAGAAGAUCAUUUCGACUCAUUAGCUGAAUUAACAAGUCGUUUAAAGAAAUCUUUGUUUGAACUUAAAGAUAAAUUAGAAAAAGAAAUUAAACAGGAACAACAACAACAAGAAGAAGAGGAGGAAUUCAACGAUGAUGAUGAAGAUCAAGCAAUUGAAGACGACGAUGACGAAUUUUAUCAAGAUAAUGAUAUAAGCCAAAUUGACGAAAAUCAAAAAGAAAAAGAUAAUGAAGAGUUAAAUAAUAGCGACAAUAGAAAUAUCAUUCGAAAGCACUAUCGUAAUAAUGGCAAAGAUGACGAAAUUUUAAAUUUUGAAGACAAUGAUGACGACGAUGACUUUGAAGUAGAUUAUAGCGAUGACAAAUUAAAUCGAGUUUUAGAUGACGACACUGAAAGUGAAAUCAACCAAAGCCUAAACACAACUACAGCCAGUAUAAAAGAAGAUACCAAUUAUCAAGAUAUCCUAAACAUUUAA